AUGGUUCUCAUCAGAAAGAUGAAGAGGACACUCGGGUUCAUGAUGUGGAAGGCAGACUGGUGGGAGCAUCAUGCAGGAGAUAUGCCCAGUCGAUAUGACAUACAGCGCGGACGUCGAGCAUAUGCAUUGAGGCAAGCGGCAAUUCGAUGUCGACUCGCUCACAAGAGUGUGCAAUGUUGGCAUGCUUUCUUCCUCAAAGUCAGCAUUGAACACAGCUGGAUCUUGAAAUACCUGCCUCUGAACUCUCCUGGCACCAUCGCUCGUGGCUUGGACCAAGAAGACUCUUCCCCCACCAAUGCUGCUCACCUCCAUGUGACUCCCAAUACCUCCUUCGCCAUCGAGAUCUCGGUGCUGGCCAUCGUACCUGGCACGCAAGAGGAGAUGGGCCGUGACCAUGAACACCUCAUGGACGACGAUCACGAUAUCAUCAUGGACGACGCCGAUACUCAGUCAGACUCUUCUGAGUCAGAUUUCGCCGACGACGAUGCGCAGGAGCUGGCCGGCCAGGAGGAGGAGUUCGACAGCUUCGAUUCUGACUGA